AUGCCAGACCCACAGUACGACCCAGCAGCUGCUCAGAAGAGCAAUAACGCUCGAGCUGCAGGAGGCAGCCAGCGGACGACUGCUGUGAAAGGGGAACGACAGAGCCGCGUUCACUCCGGCAAUCCUCAUCCGACCCUGACUUACGAUAUAGGGCGGGUACUGGGCAACGGUUCGUUCGGCGUCGUAACAGAGGCGAGAUGUGUCGAUACGGGCGAAGUUGUAGCUAUCAAGAAAGUACUUCAGGAUCCGCGGUACAAGAACCGAGAGCUUGAUAUAAUGAAGGAGCUCAAGCAUCCCAACGUCGUCAAGCUUAUCGACUUUUUUUAUACUGAGAUGGGGGACCGGGAUACAAACGACCAUAAUCGGUUUCUGAACGUAGUGAUGGAGCACAUCCCGGAGACAGUGUACAGAGUUAUGAAGUCGUUCCUACGGGCCAACCAGCAGGUCCCGUUUAUUUUGACCAAGCUGUACACCUACCAGAUGUGUCGUGCGUUGGGCUAUCUCCAUGCUCUGGGCAUUUGCCACCGCGACAUCAAGCCGCAGAACCUGUUGGUGGACUCUCGAACACACGUUCUUAAAUUGUGUGACUUCGGUUCAGCAAAACGGCUUGUGCCUGGCGAACAAAGCGUCUCAUACAUCUGCUCUCGUUUUUACCGGGCGCCUGAACUGAUGCUGGGCGCCAGCGAGUACACGACGGCUAUCGACGUUUGGUCCAUAGGUUGUGUACUCGGAGAGCUACUGCUUGGCCGCCCCUUAUUUGCUGGCGAAACAAGUGUAGACCAGCUAGUCAAGAUCAUUCAGAUUCUGGGCACUCCAAGCAGGCGUCAAAUGUCGACGAUGAAUCCGAAUUACACAGAAUUUCGGUUCCCAGAUGUCAAACCAAGAGAGUGGAAAUCAAUCUUCGCAUCACAUAUUGCUGCUGGUGACACCAAUGAUCCAUCUUGGGACCAAGCACUCGACCUGCUCAACAAGUUUUUGAGAUACGAGCCAGGCGAGAGACUGCUUCCGUUGGAAGCUUUAUCUCAUGAUUUCUUUGAUGAGCUACGUUUGCCAACGACUCGGCUCCCCAAUGGUGGACCUCUUCCUGAAUUGUUCACCUUCUCUCAGCUGGAACUGCAGAAUAUGUCUCCUGCGGCACAAGUGAAGUGUAUUCCGAAACAUAUCGCCAGUGCAAAUAGCCGUGGUUAA